AUGCCAGAACCAACAGCUACUAAAAAAGAAAUUUCUUCACCACCAAAAGGUCCAAAAAUCACUGAUAUGAGUGCUGAAACAAUCACCAAAAAUGCAAUUUUAAUCAAUUCUCAACAUAAAGACAAAAGAUUAAUGUUCCUUUUACAAAAAGUUGUUCAACACUUACAUGAUUUUGCCAGAGAAACUAGAUUAACUACUGAAGAAUGGAUGGCUGGUAUCAUCUUUUUAACUGAAGUUGGUAAAAUGUGUUCUGAUAUUAGACAAGAAUUUAUUUUAUUAUCUGAUACUUUAGGUUUAUCUGUUUUAGUAGAUGAAAUUUCACAUCCAAAACCUGCUAAUGCUACUUCUGGAACUUUAUUAGGUCCUUUCCAUACUCAUGAUGCUGAAGAAAAAGAACAAGGUGAUUCAAUCUGUUCAGAUGGUAAAGGUGAACCAUUAUUAAUUGAAGGUAAAUUAACUGAUCCAGAAGGUAACCCAAUUGCUGGUGCAACUGUUGAUAUUUGGCAUUGUGAUGCUGAUGGUUUUUAUGAUACUCAAUAUGAAAACAGAGAUGGUCCAGAUAUGAGAGGUAUUGUUAGAACUGCUGAAGAUGGUUCAUUUAACAUUCAAUGUACUAGACCAGUUGCUUAUCCAAUUCCUCAUGAUGGUCCAGUUGGUAAAUUAUUACAAAAAUUAAAUAGACAUCCAUAUAGACCAGCUCAUAUUCAUUUAAUGAUUAAAAAAGAAGGUUAUGAUGAAUUAAUCACUGCUUUAUAUGAAAAAGGAGAUCCAUAUGAAACUUCAGAUGCUGUCUUUGGUGUUAAAAGUUCAUUAAUUUAUACUUUAGAUAAAUUAGGUGAAGAAAAAGCUACUAAAUUUAAUAUGAAAGCUGAUGAUUGGUUAUUAAAAUGGCACUUCAAAAUUAUUACUGCUGAAGAAUCAAAACAAUUAGUUAUUGAAAGAAAUAGAGAAGCUUUAAGAAAUACUGGUGUUGAUUUAGUAUUAAAUGAACAAGGUUUACCAGAACCACACUCUUUAGAUUAA